AUGAGCUCCGGGACGGGGAAGGCUGAGUUACUUGACCCAGCAGUCAAUAGAACGCUCAAUGUUCUCCGUUCUUGCAAGAAGGCCUCUAUCAAGAGAGUGAUCGUAACCUCAUCCAUGGCUGCUGUUGCCUACAAUGGGAAGCCAAGGACUCCUGAUGUAGUGGUUGACGAGACAUGGUUUUCAAGUCCAGAGGUCUGCGAAAAGAAUAAGCAAUGGUAUGUGCUAUCCAAGACCCUUGCCGAGGAGGCUGCAUGGAAGUACGCAAAUGAUAAUGGAUUGGAAAUAAUUACAAUAAACCCAACAAUGGUCAUCGGUCCCCUGUUGCAGCCUACACUGAAUACUAUCGCAGAAGCAAUAUUGAAGUUUAUAAAUGGAUCAUCUUCUACAUACGCCAAUUUCUGCUUUGGAUGGAUAAACGUUAAAGAUGUUGCCCUGGCACAUAUCCUUGCAUACGAAGUUCCUUCAGCAAACGGAAGAUAUUGUAUGGUUGAAAGAGUCAUUCACCACUCGGACCUUGUCAAGAUCAUACACGAGAUGUAUCCUGAAUUUCCAGUGCCAGACAAGUGUGCAGAUGAUGCACCGUUUGCCACAAUCUACCAGGUAUCAAAGGACAAGAUAAGAAGUCUAGGCAUGGAGCUGACCCCCCUGGAGACAAGCCUCAAGGGACUAUCGAGAGCUUGA